CCAUCAUAAGAAGAAACUGCGGAACAUCUAAUAAUCUCCAUUCCUAUAUAAAAACCCUUACUAACUAGCUCAUUUGGCUUCCACCGCUUGCGAGAAACCCUAGAGCUCACGACCUUGCCCCGGAGAAGAGAGAAACAGCUCCGUAGCCUAAAGAAUCCACAUCAUUAUCUAGCAAUGGCUGUUGCAUUCUUCAGUGUUAACUCCGAAUCUGGCCUGAAGAAGCUGGAUGAAUGCCUUCUAACACGUAGUUACAUCACUGGGUACCAGGCCUCAAAGGAUGAUAUCACUGUGCAUGCAGCUCUUUCCAAGCCUCCACCACCUGAAUAUGUGAAUGUGGCUCGUUGGUACAACCACAUUGAAGCGCUUCUAAGGAUUUCUGGUGUAUCUGGAGAAGGUUGUGGUGUCACCAUAGAGGGUUCUGCUCCAGCAGAGGCCGUGGCAACUCCUCCUGCUGCUGACACUAAGACUUCUGCGGCCGAGGAUGAUGAUGAUGAUGAUGUGGAUUUGUUUGGUGAAGAGACUGAGGAGGAAAAGAAGGCCGCUGAAGAACGUGCAGCAGCUGUGAAGGCAUCUGGAAAAAAGAAAGAGUCUGGGAAGUCAUCAGUGCUGAUGGAUGUGAAACCAUGGGACGAUGAAACUGAUAUGAAGAAACUUGAGGAGGCUGUUAGAAGCGUCAAGUUGGAUGGAUUGCUUUGGGGAGCGUCCAAACUUGCGCCCGUUGGAUACGGUAUCAAGAAAUUGCAGAUAAUGCUUACCAUUGUGGACGAUUUGGUGUCUGUUGAUAAUCUCAUAGAGGAUUAUCUCACGGCUGAACCAGUGAAUGAGUAUGUCCAGAGUUGUGAUAUUGUUGCCUUCAACAAAAUAUGAUUUGAAGACUCUGAUUGGCUUUCUCAGGAGCGGGAGCUUUUCUCAUAUGUUCUCUUGUUAUGUUUUCUUCUAUUUAAGAAAUGCCGUUUUGAAUUUUGAUACAAACGUAGGAGAUGAUUUUAAGAUAUAGUUUGGUACUGCUGCAGUAAGUUGGCAUUUGCAAUGAGAAUGAGGAAACAGCUUUAUUUAA